UUCCGGUUCUCGUAGCGCGGCUCUCUCCAGCGCCCUCCACUUCCGCCCCCUCGACGGAAAAAGCCAUCUAACGGCUACUUGUUUUUUUUUUUGCCUCCAGAACGCACCUAUAACCCACGGAGCCUCCCCUGAUGUCCGUCCCAAUCCGACCCCCCGGAUGGGUCUCCCACCGCCGUCUCUUCGAGCAGAAGCUCGCCGAACUCCACCACUGCUCCAACCUCCACCACAUCAAGCAAAUCCAAGCCCAAAUCUUCAAGGCCAACCUCCACCGCGACCCCUCCGUCGCCCCCAAGCUCGUCUCCGCCUACUCUCUCUGUCGCCAUCUCGCCCCCGCCGUCAAAGCCUUCCGCCUCGUCCCCGAUCCCAACGUCCUCCUCUACAACACCCUCAUCCGUGCCUUCGCCCACAACUCCCAGCCCUCCCAUGCCUUCUGCGCCUUAUUCGACAUGCAAAAAGAUGGGAUUUUUCCCGACAAUUUCACCUAUCCUUUCCUCCUCAAGGCUUGCUGCGGGCCUUCCGGCCAGUCUGCGCUCGCCCGGAUCGAAAUGAUCCACUCCCAUGUCAUAAAGCUUGGAUUUUUAUAUGAUAUCUUCGUCCCAAACUCGCUCAUUGACUCCUAUUCGAGGGCUGGUACCGGUGGCCUUGCAUCCGCGAGGAAGAUUUUUGAUGAAAUGCCGCACAGAGAUAUCGUCUCCUGGAAUUCUAUGAUUGCCGGGUUGAUGAGAGCCGGAGAACUGAAGGAGGCACGCAGGCUGUUUGACGAGAUGCCUGAAAGGGAUACGGUGAGCUGGAAUACUCUGCUGGAUGGGCAUGCAAAGGCCGGCGAGAUGGAUAAAGCUUUUGAAUUGUUCGAGAGGAUGCCAGAGAGGAAUGUCGUUUCAUGGUCCACGGUGGUCUCGGGUUAUUGCAAGAUGGGUGACAUGGACAUGGCGAGGUUGUUGUUCGAUAAGAUGCCGGUCAAGAACUUAGUCCCUUGGACCAUAAUGAUAUCAGGCUAUGCUGAGAAAGGCCUGGCAAAGGAGGCCAUGAGCUUGUUAGAUCAGAUGGAAGAUGCUGGAUUGGAGCCUGAUGCUGCUGCCAUUGUAAGCAUCCUGGCUGCUAGCGCCGAGUCUGGUUUGCUCAGUCUUGGCAGGAGAAUUCAUGCCUACGUACGAAGCAGCAAGCUAAGGUCUGCCACUCAAGUGUGCAACGCACUGGUUGAUAUGUACUCCAAGUGUGGGUGCCUUGACAUGGCAUGCAGAAUCUUUGAUGGAAUGGCCGAGAAGGAUUUGGUCUCUUGGAAUUCUUUGGUUCAGGGACUGGCGAUGCAUGGACAUGGUGAAAAGGCACUGGACCUCUUUGCUCGAAUGAAGAGAGAAGGGAUCAGGCCUGAUGGCGUGACAUUCAUUGGUGUUCUAUGUGCAUGCACCCAUGUGGGACUCAUUGAAGAGGGUCAAUACUACUUCUCUAGUAUGGAGAGAGACUAUGGCAUUGUUCCCCAGAUAGAGCACUAUGGUUGCAUGAUUGACCUUCUAGGACGUGGGGGACUUCUGAAUGAGGCCUUUGACCUUACAAAGAGUAUGCCUUUAGAGCCUAACGCGAUUAUAUGGGGCACCCUUCUUGGUGCAUGCCGAGUACACAACAAUGUGUCUCUUGCUGAGAAGGUGGUUGAAAAGCUGGUCAGAAUGGAGCCCUCAGAUGCCGGGAAUUACGCCAUCUUGUCAAAUAUCUAUGCAGCAGCUGGCCGCUGGGAUGGUAUGGCUAAGGCGAGGAUUCAGAUGAAGGGCACAGGGGCACAGAAGCCAGCAGGGUCCAGUUGGAUUGAGCUCAAUGAUAUGGUUCACGAGUUCACAGUUGGAGAUAGAACACAUCCACAUUCCAAAAGAAUUUUCCAAAUGCUUGAUAGGUUGGGGCAGCAUCUUAAGCAAGUUGGAUAUGUCCCAAGGGCCUACUUGUAAAUUGUUGAUGCAAGCGAUGGUUAAAGAUGCACAAUUUAUGAGUUGGUGAAUGAAAAAUUUGCACCAAGAGGAUUUAAGGAUUUGGAGUUGGAAUCAAAUGACACUUCCUCAGCCAUUUCCUUUCCUUUCUGUAAAGUGUUUCAGAGCAACUGCAUUCCACAUAUAUACUGAAGCUGCGUGUGGAGAUUGCUUCAUUGAACUAAUCAUGUUACAGAUAAAAUACCAUGAGAUUGGUUGUACAAAGAUGUAUUAUAUGUAUAAGGAGAUCGAAGAGUGCAGUUGCUAGUUUCACAAAACAUGCUCUUGGGUUUCCCAGAAUCCAACUUCUACUUCAAGAGGAUUUCAGAAUCUGCCUCAUUUAGAGAUGCAAAUCAUCUAAGAAGCAUCUUAAAUAGCUGUAUUGGUCUAUGUGAUUUGAAGGAGACUAAUAGGCUUUUCAUCAUAAGGAGGAGGAAUAGUUUUGGGCCUUUUGGUUGUGCAAGAAGUUCUUACAAACUCAUAGUUCCAUUGUCAAGUGUCCCUCAACAAUGAGCCCCACAUAUGGCUUUGUACAUAACCUUUCAGCUACUCUGCUGCUUUCUCAUUGCUGCUCUUGGUAUUUACUGAGCUUUGCUGUUUAUUUUGACCGGCUCAUGUUAUUGUACUGGGUCACCUUUCGGGUGUCCUUGCAUUUUGUAUUCUUCUUAAGUUACAUCAAGAUUUGACAAUACAAUGUCCAAAAGAACUAUUGAAUCUUUCUGCCCAAAUGAAAAAUCUUUGGCAAUUGCUGUGAUAAAUUUUAUUAGAAGGCUGUCAUCACACUCUCACAGAAAAGUGUUGCAAUUUGCUCUCAAGUAUAUAGUUGUACUCAUGUAGGACUACAUGGUAGCAAGCAUGCUUUUCUCGUUCCAAAGGGAUGAAGGCACCAUUUCGCUUGCUCAAAUGAUGUGAUCACAGAGCUCACAAGGCACUGCAUUUGAGCCCAUCAUUAACAAGUUGAGAUAAAUCGAAUCCAAACCCAUCCCUCGCAUUGCAAGAAAGAGGAUGGCUUCAAGCUUGUCCCACAUGUGCCAACCUUUGCAGAACCGCACAGGGUCACAAGCUUUCAGCAUCAGACUUCCUU